UUCCCUCUCAGUACCAUGAUGUCUCCUUCCCCUUUUCCUCCGCCAUCUCUGACCCAGAGAGACAGUUUGGAAAGAAGCCACGUUUUGCAUUCUGUACAGUGCAAUACUGUAUUUCUACUCUUCUGUAAAAAGCCAUACCACUGCAGUUUUUCUGAAGAGGAGGUACCCAUGGUAACAUCUCAGGUAGAUAAGCUUCCUAAAUUUGGAAGUGACAAUGCCAGAGAAAAAGAUGCCAGUGAAUCUAAACCAGAGCUAUCAGUUUUGGUAUCUACCCUGGAAAACAAUAUCAAAUGGCCUUUUCCAAAGUAUGAAGCCCAGAGAAAUUCUUCAGACUUAAAGAUGCCAGCAUUCCAACACAGUGAGGAGCUUGCUUGCUCCAGUAGCAUGGCUGACUUUGCUUCAGGAGUGGGGCAGACAUCUUCAAAUGUAGUAAUAGACUUGAAAACCUCGUUGGAAAAACAGGCUAGUCACCCGAAAGAAAAUUUGUCAGAAUCGCACAGAGAGCAUCUUGUCCUCGAAAAAGGUAGAGAGGCACAAGAAAUGGUUCCACUAGAUUUAAGUGAAAAAUCAACGAGGGCUGAUUCAUGCAAUAAGGGUCUUAACUCAUCUUUGCAGGCGGCUUUGAUGGUCCAUCCAUGUCCUUACUGUAGUCAUAAGACCUAUUACCCUGAAGUCCUGUGGAUGCACAAAAAAAUUUGGCACAAAGUCAGCUGUAACUCGAUGGCUCCACCAUGGAUUCAACAAAAUGGUUUCAAGAGUAUAAAAAACAACUUGGUUUUUCUGUCAAGAAAUGGACGCACUGGUCCUCCUCCAUCCCUUGGUGGUAAAGAAUGCCCACCUUUACCUGUUGCUAGGUUUACACGCACUCAAGUGCCAAGUGCAUUGCCAGGAUCCAAAAGCAAUUCUUCCCCUGUUGGGAUAACAAUAAAGUCUGGAAGUAUACAUCAGUCUAAGGACAGCCAUUCGUUUGGCCACUGUGGUCCACGGUCAUCAGGUCUAGAUGGGUUCAGGCAGUCCAAAUCCAACCACCCCCAAGAGCAGCACAGCAGCACAGCACAACAGCCUCAGCUUAAAGCGAAAUAUGAAGUAAACUCCAAACCGAUGCACGUGGGAAGCUUUAGCAGAAGCCUCACACCCACCCAGACAGUCGUAUCUAGGCCCGCCUCAAAGCCUGCCAGCAGUAAACAGGUGGAGAAGUACGUGAUUUCCCAAGGAAGUGCUGGUUUCCCUCCAAGUAAACAUUGUGCAUCUGACCCCAUAAAAGCCAAAUUCAACCCACCACCUCAGUAUCACCCUCUAUGUAAAACUGAGCAGUACACUAAACAUGAAGAGCAUUCGGUGCCUCAGUGGGAAUCUCACAUCAAGGCUGGGAAUGAGAUAAGAACAUUGGCAAACUGCACAACAGGAGCAAGAGCAAGUCCACUAAUGCAGCCUCAGCCUAGCACAGCUGGAGUUUCUCCCGCUUUGCACUCCAUCAAACAAGAACCAGCACCAGAAGGGCACGAGAAACGUUUGGACAUUUUUUUUAAGACCUACAUUCCAAAGGACCUUGCUUCAUUGUACCAAACCUGGGGUGCCAAUAACCCUCUGCUAGAACAUGCAGGGAUGCUUAGGACACAAACACGCCAAGGAGACUGUGUCUGCAUAGAAUGUGGAAAAUGCUUUAACCAGCCCAGUCACCUCAGGACGCAUAUGAGGUCCCACACAGUGGUAUUUGAGUCUAAUGGACUCCGAGGUACUGAAGUUCACACCACCUCCGCAGAUGCCCCAAAACAAGGGAGAGACCAUUCCAAUGCAGAUAUUGUCCAUACAGUGCCUCUCAGAAAGGGAACCUAAAAACACAUGUGCAGUGUGUGCACCAGGUACCCUUUGACAACAGCCAGUACCCCGAUCAGCGAUUCCGACAACUUCAAAACGAUGAUCCCAACAACCCCAUAGAAGAACAGCUGGAAAACUUCCCUAGAAGCCAUCACAUCUCUGGAGUCACUGUGCUAGAGUGAAAACAGUUCUCUGCUAGAAUGGAAAUGCUUCUACACUGUUAAUCAUUUUAAAAUAAAUGAAGAUGCUACACAUGAUAUAUAUAAAUUGACGUACUAAUCAGUCCCAUGGUUCCUUAUUUCCUUUAUAAUAAACAGUCGAGUUGGCAAGCACUGUGGCAGUGCAAGGCAUCUAUAUUAAUCAAGAUAAGUUUGAGACACUGGAAAAAUUAAACUAUAUGUGAUUUGGACAGCGUGAAGAAUUUAAGUACUGUAACAAAAACCUCCCUGAUGCUCAGAACGACUAUUUGAUACAUUUGAAAAACAGCAGUGGAUUUGGGAGCCGAAGAAGUAUUAAUUAAGGAAACUGCCACUGCUUGUCAAGCCGCAAAGUAAACUUGAAAAAAGAAAAGGAGGGGGAGCAAGAAAGAGGUGGCAUUUGGUGCUUGAGAGAGUAGUGCUUGAUGAAGGACUGAAGAGAAGACCAUCAUUCUACAAUGGUUUGUUUCAUUACAGUUUGGGGACCAGUUGCAUUUCUAAGUCUUGUUCUUGACUGCACACCAUUAAUACUAUGUGAAUAUGGAAAAUGAAACACUUCCACAGAAAGACUUAUAUUCUGCUUUGGAAAAGAAAAGCUGAUUGAACACUAAAAAAAAGAAAAAAAAAGGCUUCGGUGUUUUACUCUCAGGACCUUUUUUGUAACAGGGCUACUUUCUUUGACCUGAUCACAAAGGAAGUCUGCACGUUUAAAAAAAUUAUUCAGCUGUUUAAAGCCGCUGAUCUGUACAUUUUUAAUAGAAAAGAAAUUGUUGAACAAGUUCAGGCUGACCUAGGCCCUUAGGGUACUUUAUGCUCCUGCAUUUUUGUUCAGCAAGCCAGUUGCCCUUCCUUUCUGGGCUUGGUGACAUUUUGAAAAGAUGAGUAACUUCUUUUGUGGUGGCAGGUUAAUGUUUAUAUAAUGUGUCAUGUCUUGUACUUGGUGAUCACUGGUGGUGUUGGGGGGGAAAGAGCUUUAUAUACCUCUUCUACAGUAACUCUUUUAAAUGCAAAUUUUCAAGGUGGGGGUUGUGGCACAUAACAGGUUGGCAAACCAUGCAGUGUAAGCAAUUCAAAAAUGUAUUCCACAGAUAUAAAUAUUUUCCUUUCUCAUUGCUGUGACACUAUGUGUGAUGGUAAUAUUUCUGAGAGUUUCAGAUUUUGCACAUAUAAUUUUAUGCAUUAUCAAAAGUAACUGCUGCCUUGAAAGAAAAUGUUCUGUGAAAUUUUUUGCAAAAGCUUUACUAGGUUUUUUUUAAUUGUAACAUUUUGUAAAGGCAGGAAAUGAAUUAAAAGAAACUCGCAUGCUAAAUAUAUUUUUCAAAAAAAAAAGCAAUAAUUUUACAUGUACAGAAAUGGUAACCUUUAAUAUCGGCGAGAGCAACAGUUUACUUAAACCAAUAAUGAAAUAGUGCUGUUUUUGUAGUAAAUGGGCUUCUGACACAAAGAUUUGUCUAAAACCCCCCAUAAAGUGUGAUUUUUCUGUUCUAACCCUU